CUCCCAUUGGCUGCGGCGGCGCCAUGGCGGAUCGGCUCACGCAGCUGCAGGACGCGGUCAACUCGCUCGCAGACCAGUUUUGUAACGCCAUUGGAGUGCUGCAGCAGUGUGGCCCCCCAGCCUCUUUCAGCAACAUUCAGACAGCAAUAAACAAAGAUCAGCCUGCAAAUCCAACAGAAGAGUAUGCCCAACUGUUUGCAGCAUUGAUUGCACGAACUGCGAAAGAUAUUGAUGUUCUAAUAGAUUCCCUGCCUAGUGAAGAAUCAACAGCAGCUUUGCAGGCUGCUAGUCUGUAUCGAUUAGAAGAAGAAAAUCAUGAAGCAGCUGCCCGUCUGGAAGAGGUAGUUUAUCGCGGGGAUGUGCUGCUGGAGAAGAUCCAGAGUGCCCUGGCAGACAUUGCCCAGUCGCAGCUGAAGACGAGGAGCGGUACGCACAGCCAGCUCCUUCCAGACUUGUAGCGCCAGGUGGCAGCGCACCCCUGCCCGACGGAACUGCGGAAAGAGGGUUGGAAACAGCUCGUUCUGUGUCCACAGGGAGCUGAAACACCCCGCUAGGCUCCGGUGGGACUCUCCAGUGCUCUAAUUGUCAGUAACAACAUCUUUUGUCAAAGCUCAAACUGCAGGAUCCGUGGUUCUAUUUCAGAAUUAUGUGUAUUGAUGUAGGUUUCCUUGACCUAAAAUAUUCAUGUCUGAGUUUUCUUUUCUGUUUGUAAAUAUGUCUGACUUCAAUCUGAUUUAUCAUCUUCGUUACACAGGCCACAGUCCCUAAAGGGAAUUCAGAAGGAAAAUAUGUUGUGGGUAUUUGUGAAAUUUGCUCACUUCUCCUUUCAAACUUCUAUGGUCUUGGUAUAUUUUUUGUAAGGCUUGAACAUAGACACACUUGCAUUUGCCAAAAUUCCAUGGAGACAAUGCUAGACAACAUUGCAAAUACAGCGGUGGCCAUCUGUUUUAAUUAACAGAAAUGGUAAUUAAACAUUUGUAUUACUACUUGGCUUGUUUACCACACUUUACAGAGCUAGUAAAAGGAUGAUUAAAAUCUAAUGUUUGUAGAGUAAGUGUUCUUGCUGUUGUCAUAUCAUCUGGCAAAAUUAACCCACAGUUGUCUGAUAUUGGCAAUUAUUGUUGUUUGUAAUUCACAAAUGAGCUUUGACUCCAUUGCCACUGGUGCACUUACUCUUACUUGCUCGUGUCAUUUCUCUGCUUCUGCUGAUACUCUGCAUUCUCAGACAUCUGGUGAAUGCCUCUAAAGCAGGCGGUAAUGAGGAAGCACUGGAUGACUGGGAAGAAAUUAGCAAUGAAGAACCUGAAAAUAACUUAUUACGUAAUAUGUUGCUUUUCAGCGUAAGCAGUGGCUGCCACGUGAAUGCUGUGGUUAUGAACGGCAAGAAGCCCAUCAUCCCCAACAUGCUUAAGAGAGUUUUUUUAGUUUUAUCUUCAUAUGUUGAAUAAAUUUUUAGCACUCAUCUUAGGAUUCUAGAAAUACCAGCAUCUCAUUUUGGAUUUGAAAAAGCCCACCAGAUAACGUAAGGUUCAGUGCGUGGUUGUGGGGCUGAACUGUUAGCCAUUUUCUGUAUUUCUGAGUUACCAGCCUUGCAUUAUUGUGCAACGCUGUUUAUUGCCAUGCAUCUGCUCAUUUCCUUAUCAAAAUGACCUACUUCUGUAUAUUGGAUGUGUCAUUGGCUUGAAAGUGAUACAUGUCCCUAUUGCAUAUGGACAGAUAAGAACAAUUCAAAUAUGUCUUCAGCAUGCUGAUCCUUAAGGAAUUAGAUGCAGCCACUCCACUGACUGUACCAGUGAAAGGAAAGGUAUAACAUAGCACAGAAUAAAUCUUAC